AUGAGCUUCGUCACUCGCCGAGCGCUUUCCACGCUCAUUCCCCCCAAGGCAAUCGGUGCUGCUCCUGACGCUCUGCGCAUGCAGCGUGUCGUCAGCUUCUACGAGAAGCUUCCCCGGGGUGCCGCCCCCGAGAUCAAGGGCAAGGGUCUUCUCGGACGCUACCAGGCCAAGUACUUUGGCAAGAACGCCUCUGCUACUCCUAUCGUGCACGCCCUGCUCUUCCUGAUCGGCAUCGGUUACGCUCAAAACUACUACUUCCACCUGCGUCACCACAAGAACAAUGCCCACUAA